AGUAACCUCAUCAUCACUGAAUCACUUGCUAGAAAAAUCUGCUUUCAUCUCUUCAAUUUUCCAUUUUGAAAUCUAUCGAUCUAUAAUCAUCUGUCCAAUUCCAGCGAUAUUGGUCUUCUUGGUUCCCAGAUCUGUUCGUCCUGUCUCUACCUGUAUAAUCAAUCGGCGGGUGCUCCAUUGCCGGAGAUCUGGAACCCUAACUCGCUUGCUCUGCAAAUGCUCAAGCUUCUUUAGCUGUUUUGGCUGCUUUCGUGUAAUCUUGGUGUCGACAGCUACAUUUCUGGUUUGAUUUUCGCAACCUCAACUUGCUGAUGUCAAUUUCGAGCAAUGCACUGAAUGUGCGGGUAGAAAUCUAGUGGGCUCGUUGAUAAUUAAAGGGUUGUGUUGAGAUAUCUGAUUCCAGAAGAUGCAGAGCGUAUCGAGCUCGGCUCCAACACCAGAGGCGAUACUAGAAUGGCUUCAGAAGGAAAUGGGUUACCGGCAAUUAGGUCCGGGCAAAUCCCAUGUGCCUUCUGUUGAUGCUAUAAGGAAGAUUUGUAGAGGGAAUAUGAUACCCAUCUGGAGUUUUUUAAUAUACCGAGCGAAAUCAGAGAAGACCGUCGAGAGCAUUAGGCGUAACAUCACGGUUCAUGGUGGUAGCAGCGAGGCUAGUAUUGCCAAUUCUGUAAACCCAGUGAAGGAGGAGAGUAAGGCUAAAGGGAGGCGAAAGGAGAAAGCGGUGACUGGGGAGAGCUUGAGUUCUGCAGAAAGCAGAGAGGCUGCGUUGCAUGAAAGGGAGUUGGCUGCAAAAGAAGUGGAGCGAUUGAGGAACGUUGUGAGGAGGCAAAGAAAGGAUCUUAAAGCUAGAAUGCUAGAGGUCUCAAGAGAAGAAGCUGAACGGAAGAGGAUGCUUGACGAGAGGGCAAAUUACAGGCAUAAGCAAGCAAUGCUGGAAGCUUAUGAUCAGCAAUGUGACGAAGCAGCAAGAAUAUUUGCAGAGUAUCACAAAAGGCUACAAAUCUACGUUAAUCAAGCAAGGGAUGCACAGAGGUCGAGUUUAGAUUCUUCGAGUGAUUUAUCUAGCAAGCUCAGCACUAACAUCGAGAGGGAAGCGGUUUAUUCCUCUGUCAAAGGAAGUAAACUGGCGGAUGAUGUCAUUCUCGUUGAAACAACCCGGGAACGGAAUAUCAGGAAAGCUUGUGAAUCACUUGCAUCACACAUGGUUGACAGAAUAUGUAACUCUUUUCCUGCUUACGAAGGAAAUGGAAUUCAUUCCCAACCUGAGCUGGAAACUACCAAGCUGGGUUUUGAAUACGAUGGAGAAAUAUCCGAUGAGAUGAGAGCUGUUAUACUGAACUGCCUGAGUAGUCCCCCUCAACUCCUUCAGGCUAUUGCUGCCCACACCGUACGCCUUAAGACCCUAAUAUCCAGAGAGAUAGAGAAGGUCGAUGUCAGAGCUGAUGCUGAAACAUUGAGGUAUAAGUAUGAAAACAACCGGGUAAUGGAGAUUUCAUCUUCUGAUGUGAGCUCGCCAUUAAGUUAUCAAUUUAAUGGUACUGGGACGAUAGCCUCAGAUACUCAGUCCAAAGGAUCAAACAACCAGCUCCUUGAACGACAGAAAGCACAUGUGCAACAAUUUUUGGGAACUGAAGAUGCACUAAACAAAGCCGCAGAAGCCCGGGUUUUAUGUCAGAAACUUAAAAACCGUUUGCAUGGAAGUGCUGACGCAGUUUCUUCACAUUCACAUGCUGGAGGCACGUCACAGAAUGCUAAAACUCUUAGGCAAAUUGAGUUGGAUGUAUGGGGCAAGGAACGGGAAGCUGCUGGUUUGAGGGCUAGCUUAAAUACAUUGAUAUCUGAAAUACAACGGCUGAAUAAAUUAUGCGCUGAAAGGAAAGAAGCUGAACAUUCUUUAAAACAGAAGUGGAAGAAAAUUGAAGAAUUUGAUGCUCGCAGAUCCGAACUUGAAACCAUAUAUACUACUCUUCUCAAGGCCAACAUGGAUGCUGCUGCAUUCUGGAGUCAGCAGCCACUAGCUGCAAGGGAAUACGCAAUGGCCACUAUAAUUCCAGCUAGCGAGGUUGUUGCAGACAUAUCAACGAACUCUAAAGAUUUCAUUGAGAAAGAAGUGUCUGCUUUCUUCCAAAGUCCUGAUAACACCCUCUAUAUGCUUCCAGCAACUCCGCAGGCCCUUCUGGAAUCCAUGGGAGCUAAUGGGUCAACGGGACCUGAAGCUGUUGCCUCAGCCGAGAAGAGUGCUGCUUUGUUGACUGCAAGAGCUGGUGCACGCGAUCCAUCGGCAAUUCCAUCUAUAUGCCGCAUUUCUGCCGCCCUUCAGUAUCCUGCGGGUUUGGAAGGUUCAGAUGCAAGUUUGGCAUCAGUUUUAGAAUCUCUUGAGUUCUGCUCGAGGCUCCGUGGAUCCGAGGCAUGUGUUUUGGAAGAUUUAGCAAAAGCAAUCAACUUGGUGGAUAUACGUCAGGAUUUAGUUGAAAGUGGUCGUGCUCUAUUAAGCCAUGCUUACCAUGCCCAGCAAGAAUAUGAAAGGACAACUAAGUAUUGCCUAGAUCUUGCCACAGAACAAGAUAAUACAGUCACAGAGAAAUGGUUGCCUGAGCUCAAGACUGCGGUCGUGAAUGCUCAAGCUUCCUUGGAGCACUGCAAAUACGUGUGGGGUUUGCUGGAUGAAUGGUACGAACAACCUGCUGCAACUGUUGUGGACUGGGUCACUGUAGAUGGGCAAAACGUUGCGGCUUGGCAUAACCAUGUGAAAACAUCAUAUUGCCUUUUACGAUGAGGAUGAAGAAAGGUCCAUCAGAAUCGAAUUUGAAGGUUGCUCCGUGUUAAGACAAAAAAGGGAGAGGUAUUUAAGCAGAAAGCUCUUUGAAAUAUUCGUUCCUGACUUUACAUAGAGGGAAAUGACUCUCAAAAAUGACUCUCACGGUACAAUUGUAUAGAAAACUGGUACUCGGAUUCAGAAUAACGAUCCAGUGUGUGUUAUAGGUCUUGGUUUCUC